UGACGUCAGGGUUGUGGUGGAAACGGCUGGUGUACGCGAGUUGGAUGAUGAUGAUGGCACUGGUACUGGUCAAGAGUUACGCCGGCAACCUCAUGUCCGCUUUGGCUGUGAGACACAUUGAGCAGCCUUAUCAAACUCUCCGGGACUUGUUGGACGAUCCAUCCCCAACUAUGAUAUGGCCCUAUAAUUCCAAGAAUGUCCAGUAUUUCAAAUCAGUGAAGUCUGGGAUAUACCAAGAGGUGGCCGAGAUGGAGUCAAGGGGACGCAUCAAGUACCAAGCUGUGAACCAGUUCUUCCACAGCAUCGACAUCCUUGUCAGGCGCGGUGACCAUGUCCUCAUAGCUGUCGAGAUCGUCAUCGACAUGCUCAUUAGCCGAGACGUCUCCCAAACAGGUCGUUGUGACUUCUACAUGUCGAGAGAGAGGCUGCUGCCUUCCAUCUUAGCUCCUAUAGGCCAGAAGAACAGACUUCUGGUUCCUGCAAUAAGUAAAAUGUACUCACAAUAUAAGCCACAUAAACUCGGCGGCUUUGAAAUUCCUGAGAAGCAACUUCGCUGGGUGUAUGCCCUCCCCCACCCGAUCUCCAGAAAUCCACAAAUCUGUUUUGAACAAUGA